AUGAUGAAACUUUGGGUGUCCGUGUUGGCGUUGUUGGCCAUCGUCUCCGCUGUGUUUGCCUAUCCACAGACCGUAAGUUGAUAUACGACAUUAUUAUUUUACUAUGCACCAUAAAUGUUGUAGAGUAAUAUUGACUAUGAAGUGGGGUUUUUUGAGUACUAUUUGGUACUGAAUAUGAAAUUUCAGCAAAGUGCAAAUAUUGAUUUUUAAAAAUUAAAAAAAGGCACAGCUUAAAAUAUGAUUUUAACUUGCACAAGGAGGGGGGGGGGAGAAGACCCUAUUUGUCCCGUCUACUAUCUAUCUUUAUCAUCGUUUCAGCCAUCGGAGUUCGACGCGGAAUUCGCUCGACAAUUGAUUGGACGUGCUUACAGUGCCUUGGCCAAGACGAAGAGGAGUCGUGAGUUCAAGAGUCAGUCCGCUUUGCUAGUUCACUUACUUCCAACUUUCUAUUUGUAAUUUUUUGGUCAAAAAAUAUAUUUUUAUCACAAAAUUAUAAUAAAAAUGGUUAUUUUUUAGCGGGUACAGUCAAAGGGGGACAAAUAGAGUAAAAGUUUUUUUAAAUUUUUAUAGCAUAAUAUAAUAAGUACAGGGUAAGAAGAUAAGAUAUAGUGAACUACUGUAAGGUAACCUAGGGUAUAGUAAGUUAGUGACAGAUAAGUUAGAGUAAAACACAGUAGAAUAGGGUUGAGUAAAGUAAUUCAGUACUGCAAGGACAAGCCUGGGUAUGAUAAAAUAAGGUAGAUUAAGGUUCAGUACUGUAAAAUAGGGUAAAGUUAUGUAGGUUAGGGCACGAUUCAGUACUGUAAAACAGGGUAGAGUAAGGUGUGGUAGAGUAGGCCAAGGUUCAGUAGGGCAGAGUAGAGUAAGAUAGAGUAGAGUAAGGUAGGGUAGAAUAGGCCAAAGUUUAGUAUUGUAGGGCAAAGUAGAGUAAGCUAGGGCAGGGUGAGUAAGGUAGGGUAGAAUAGGUCAAAGUUCAGUACUGUAGGGCAAAAAAAAGCAAAACACGGUAUGCUAGGAUCAUGUAAGGUAGGAUAGUAGAGCCGUGUGUAAUAAGGUAGGGUAGCUCGAAUAUUUCUUUUUAUCAUAAACUUUAAUUUAAAAAAAUCGACCAAAACAAUUUUUCAAUUUCCUAACAAUAUCCCUAUUAGUAACCUUAGAUAACCUUUUGCUUGCUUUUGCUUUAUAAGGAAUUAAAUAGCUCCGCGUAUUUUACCAAAAAAUUUUUAGCCAGCAUCGGUUUGUCACUAGCUGAAUACAUGGCCUCACCCCAGGGUGGAGACAACUUCCACUUCAUUCCAUCUGGCCGUAAAUAG